CAAGCUUUAGAAGUAGUUGGUCGAAAAAUUGUCAAAAAGUGUAAUGGGUUAGCUUUGGCUGCUCAAACACUUGGAGGUUUAUUAAGAGCAAGAAAAGAAGUAGCGAAUUGGGAGUUUAUAUUGAGGAGUGAAAUUUGGGAACUUCCCAAAAAAGAUAGUGGGAUUCUUCCUGCAUUAAGAAUCAGUUAUCACUACCUCCCUUCACACUUAAAACGUUGCUUUGUUUAUUGUUCUUUAUUCCCAAAAGACUAUGAAUUCCAAAGAGAUGAACUGGUGUUAUUGUGGAUGGCAGAAGGUCUUUUGCAGCAACCAAAGAGUGGCAGCACUUUAGAAGAAGUUGGUUCUAAAUAUUUUAAUGAUUUGGUUUCGAGAUCAUUUUUCCAACAUUCUAACACCGAUGAAGGAUAUUUUGUGAUGCACGAUCUCAUGCAUGAUUUAUCAAUAUUCUAUGGUGGAAAGUUCUUUUCUAGAAACUUUGAACUCGAAACUGCAGACAAGCAUGAUGCUUGUCCUCGUCCUCGUCAUCUUUCAUAUGAUGGUUGGAUCGAUGAUUCGCUAUUCUCAGAGAUAUUGGAAGUAUGUGGUUGUUUAAAAAAUGCAAGGACAUUGCUUUAUAUCGGUUUUUAUACGUGGGAUCUUUCCCCAGAGGAAUAUGAUCCUUGUCGCUUACUUGCACAGUUGAAGCACUUAAGGGUUUUGUCAUUUCAAUUCCUUCCUCUUGAUGAUUCAAUAAGUGAUUUGAUCCAUUUGCGUUAUUUGGAUCUCUCUUGUACACCUAUGGUGACAUUGCCAGAGUCAAUGAGCAAAUUGUAUAAUUUACAAACACUGAAGUUUACUGGUGGAUAUCUAGAAAAGCUUCCAAGCAACAUGCAGGAUCUUGUAAAUUUGCUUCAUUUGGAUCUCUCUUCUACGGCAAUUGAGGUAUUGCCCGAGUCAUUGAGCAAAUUGCAUAAUUUACAAACGUUGAAGUUGAGAGAGUGUGAAAACCUGAAAAAGCUUCCAAGCAAGAUGCAAGAUCUUAUAAAUUUGCACCAUCUCGAUAUUGAAGGUACUAAAAUAGAAGAGAUGCCGAAAAGGAUGAGCAAAUUAAAAGACCUACAGAUUUUAUGUUACUAUAUUGUCGGCGAGCGUGAAGAGAAUGGGAUAGGGGAAUUGGGAGAACUUGUAAAUCUUCAAGGGUCAUUUCGUAUUAAGAAAUUAGAGAAUGUGGUUGAUAGCAGUGAAGCUUGGAAAGCAAGGAUGGUUGAUAAGAAAUACAUCAGUGAUCUAUAUUUGAAGUGGUCAUCAGGUGAAGAUAGUGAUAUUGUUAAUUCCCAAAUCGAAAAAGAUGUGCUUUGCAAAUUAGAACCUCACAAUGACCUGAAAUAUCUAAAAAUAAAGGGUUACAGGUGUACCGUGUUUCCGGAUUGGGUAGGGCAGUCUUCGUACCACAACAUGACUGAAUUGGAGCUGUGGAAAUGCAGGAAUUGUUGUGUGGUUCCUUCACUUGGACAGUUACCCUCUCUGGAGAGGCUGGUCAUUAGAGAGCUCGACAAGGUGAAGAAGAUUGGUGGGUCAUUCUAUAAGGGUGAUGGAACUCAUCAGCAUCAGGAGACACCCUUCCGAUCCCUUAAAUCUCUGGAAUUUUAUUAUAUGUGUUGCUGGGAGGAAUGGGAGUCAUAUGAAUGUGAUGAUGAUGAUGAUGAUGCACCAUUUCCGAAACUUGAGAAGCUCCGUAUUUCUGAAUGUCCAAAGUUAAGAGGAGAUUUGCCCACUUUCCUUCCGUCUUUGAAAGAACUUGUCAUUUCAGGAUGCGAGGAGCUUGGUUGUUAUCUGCCAAGAGCUCCCAUCAUUCGCGAAUUAAGAAUAUUUUGCAAACAGGAAGCAAGAAUGUGGGACCUAUCACUUUCAAUGUUGGAGAAACUAUCCAUUAAUGGAGAGCAGCAGGUGGAGUAUGUGUUUGAUGCCAUGUCUCACACCCAACCAACCUCUCUCACACUUUUAAGCAUCGCAAACUGCUCAUCAGCCAUAUCAUUUUCAGGGAUUUCUCUGCCCCCUUCAUUGAAAGAGCUGUACAUCUACGAUUGCAAGAAUGUAGAAUUCACAAUGCAACACCAACAACAUCAGUCACUAACGAAUCUUACAAUACAGAACAGCUGUGAUUCGCUUACAUCCUUCGCAUUGCCAGCAUUCCCAAAUCUCAAGGAUCUCAGAAUCGCAAGACGUGAAAAUUUGACAUCUCUGGAGGUGUCACAGUCACAGUCCCUCCGAGAAUUAUGGAUUGAAGAAUGCCCUAAGCUGGGGAAGAUAAUAAGGCUGCCUGCCUCUUUAGAGACUCUCAAAAUCAGAGCAUGUCCGUUGUUGGGUGAAGGCAUAGAGAGGAAGGACCCCCACAUUUGGCCAUCCAUUUCCCACAUCCCCCGCAUUCGACUUGAUGGGAAACUGAUUCUCAAUGACUCAACAUCUUAAAACAGGAAGCAUAUCGGAAUAAAGAGUUUGGUUGAUAUUCUCUGCAGUUGACAAUUCAUAAUAUUGUGAUUUUUCGGAUAAAAAGAUGUCUAUGAUUUAACAUUUUUGGGCUGCCUUGACCACCUUCCUUUUGCUAUUUCCUCCCCUUCCAAUUCAAUGUUGGGUUUAUUACUGCUUUUGCUGGUCUUGCCUUGAGAGUUGUUGAUAGGGUACAUCAAGCAUCUCAUGAAUUCCACCAUGGCUCUAUCAAUUCAGAGCUCUUUGGCGCCGCUCAGAUCCCUGGGAGCUCCAAGAUGGGGCGGUGGAUUGUUAGUCAUCCUUAGGAUUUAGAUAAAGCUGUAGACAAUUGGAACGAGGAAAAUAGGCUCUUUUUAGAAAGCUGUUAAGGCCAUUUAGGUAAAGAUAGGACAGUUAGUAGGAGUAGUUGUUAGGUUAGUUACUAUAAUGGAAUUGAGAAUGUAAUUGAUGGGAAUAAGGGUAGUGGCCUAAACAGUUAGUAUUAGAAGGCUUGCUGAUUUCAUUGUCAAGCAAAUUUUGAUGUUGAAUAAAAAAAACUGGAGAGUACCGCCUCUCUUUCCUCUUGUGGAGUUCUUAACCUUGGUCUAAACAAAGUGUUACAUUGGUGUUUUUGCCGUUAACAUAUGGAGAGAUUGGUAUUGGACAUAGGGGUGGGGAUGAGAUUGAUAGUAAAACUUGUCAUGUUUCAUUUGA